AUGACCGAUUUGGAGAAGAGUUCGCAUCUGCCAGUGGCUGUCCAAGUCGAAAAUGGGCACGUCGCUGAGCAUGAACGAGAGAUGAGCCCUGCCGAGAAAAGACUGGUGCGGAAGCAAGACCUGGCCAUCACGACCCUGAUGUCGGGUUGUUUCUUCUUUGCUUACUUUGACCGUGGUGCCAUUGGCAAUGCUCGCAUCAUGGGCUUCCAGGAAGACUUGCACCUUUCUGCACAGCAGUAUUUCAAUUGUCUCAUGAUGUUCUAUGUCGGAUAUAUGGUGUUUAAAUUCCCUGCCUUUGUUCUCAUUCGUCGAUUCCACGCUCCCACCAUCUACGCGCUCUCUAUCAUCAUUUUUAGUAUUGCUAGUCUUUGCACUGCCUUCGCGAAGACGUACGGCCAGGUGAUUGUACUCCGACUUAUUCUAGGCUGCGGGGAGGCGACAGUGCAAACUUCAUUCCUGUUUGUUUCUCUCUGGUAUAGGCGCGAGGAGAUGUCGGUGCGAUGCGGGUAUGUGUACGGCAUGACACCUAUCGCUGGCGCCGUAACAGGCUUCAUAUCUUAUGCCGUGGGGAAGUACUUGGAUGGCAAAGGUCCAGGCAGCUUUGCUUCGUGGCAAUGGCUUUUCAUCAUCGAAGGCUCUCCCACCAUUCUGUGGGGGCUGAUAGUCUGGGCUCUGCUACCUCAAUUCCCGGAUAAAGAAGUCAAAAGCAAACGUUCUCUUUGGUUCAAGUCUGACAAGGAGAAGCGACUGAUUGUUGAGCGGUCUAUGGCUGCCCAACAUGUCAUGGAUGCUAGAGUUGAUUACGCUCAGAUGUGGACAGCAGUGAAAGAUCCCAAGGUGUGGGGCUUUUCCAUUAUGACCGCAACUAUUGCCGCUUCAUUGGCAGGGUUUGGUGUUUUCUUGCCCACUUUCAUCAAAGAGUUUGGCUUCAGUCCCCUUGUAACUCAGCUUUACACAAUCAUUCCGUACUGCUGCGCGUUUAUCUCCUUGGUUGCUGUCAGUCGCGUUGCGGAUCAUUACGGUCAACGCGCUAUUCCACUUGCGAUUAUCACCUGCGUCGCGAUAGUAGGAUUCAUCAUCAUCAUAGCCACACCAAAUGCCGUUGCCGGGAUUGUGGCCUCAUGCCUAAUCUCUGCAGCCGUGUACCCCGGUGUAGUCCUUUGCGCUGCUUGGCUGCCAAGCUCAAAUGCGGGAUACACCAAGAGGGCAACCGCAACUUGGAUUACCCAGAUUGCCAUUCAGACAUUUAGCAUCAUGUGCACUCAGAUCUACUCGACUCCACCACGCUUCUUCAAGGGUCACGGGGUUCUGCUGGGGCUAUUUGUGCUCACCCUGGGCAUCAUCGCUGGUCUUUGGUGGCUUAUGCGCAACAGCAAUCUGCGCAAGGACGAGGCUGCAAGAGGCUGGGCGGAGCAAGGCGUUAGAAAUCCGGACGAGGAUAAGACUCUAGAGGACUUGUGUGACAAGCACCCGAACUACCGAUACGUGUGGUGA